AUGUCUGAACUUGGCGAGACCAACAACACCUCGAAUCCUCCUGCGGUUCCUGAUGUCCUCCAACAACAAGGCCAACUCCAAGGACAACUUCAGCAGCCCUUGAUUCAGAAUCAACCUGCUCCCAGCAUCAACGCCGCAGGUGAAAACCUGCAGUGUCAGUGGCAGGGAUGCGGCGAGCGAUGCACGUCUGCAGAAGCCCUCUAUGAACAUGUCUGCGAACGCCAUGUCGGUCGCAAGUCGACUAACAAUCUCAACCUGACCUGUGCAUGGGGCCAGUGUCGUACUACCACCGUCAAACGCGACCACAUCACCUCCCACAUCCGAGUCCACGUACCUUUAAAGCCUCACAAGUGCGAAUUCUGUGGAAAGGCGUUCAAGCGUCCUCAAGAUCUGAAGAAACAUGUCAAGACUCACGCAGAUGACAGCGUCAUCAUGCGCUCUCCAAACAUGGACGCAAAUGGAGGCCAGCGCGGACAAAACGGCAUGCCUUCAGGUGACUACAACGCCUCGUACUACGGUCAGGCUCUGACAGGUCAAGUCGGUCAAAGUUACUAUGCUCCUGCGCUGCAAGGCAUCCAAGAUUAUGGUGGCCAACAUCAUCCUAACCAAUACUACCAACCACAACCACCUCAGCAAGGACAGCAUCCUGGCUAUGGUCCGGUCACGUACUACAGCACUGCACCUCAGACAUCCUACGACUAUGAGACUCGCAAGCGGGGUUAUGAUGCUCUUGACGCCUUCUUCGGCCAGGUCAAGCGCAGAGAGCUUGACCCUGCCAACUUCCAAAACAUCAGUCAUCGUCUCUUCGAACUUCAAGGUCUUCAGCUUCCUCAAAUCAUACCGUCCAAUGUCUCUGUUCCUGCGUACCAGCCUGUUUCGGUUGGUGGAGGCUACGAGUCUGAAGAUCCUAUUCAGGCUUACAGCCUGCCCCCGAUGGGCAACGCAAAGACUCGUGGUGAUUUGACCUCGAUCGACCAGAUCCUUGAACAAAUGCAAGCCACAAUCUACGAGAACGAUACACAUCUUGCCUCCACCGCCGUCGGACAGGCAGGUUCUGGUUAUGUUGCAUACCGCACGAGCGACAGCCCACCUAACGCCACCCAGCUUCCAUCUACCCGCGCCCACUCUAACCCCGUUGCUCUGCUUCAGCAUCAACCUCAAUCAAACAUCGCCACUGGUACCGAAGCCAGCACUCCAGGUCUUACUCCGCCAUCGUCUGCUCACAGUUACACUUCUGGUCAGAGCCCGUCUCAAGGUCAAUCAGCCCCAACGAGCAGUGCCUUGUAUCCCAGCCUGCCUUCCAAUGCCACCGAUAUCGCGUUUGCUGCUGCCAACGCCGCCACCCUCAGCGGUCUCUUUGAUGAAGACGAGCGUCGCCGCUAUGGUGGUGGUAUGCUUCAGCGGGCAGCUCCGGCAAAAGACAAGGUUGAUUUGGACAUCGGCAGCGAUGGUUCAGUCACGCCACCUGCAUCAGCGAUCAACAAGCAAGCCAAGGGCAAGAAGAAGGCCGACUCUCCUCAAGAUAGUGUCAUUGACCCUGCCCUAUCUGCUGCAGAGCUUGAAGCUCCCAAAGACGAGGCUAAGGACCCCGAGCCUGGUGAGGUCUGGGUGCAGAACAUGCGUUUGAUCGAAUGGAUGCGCGAUCUGAUCAAGAAGAAACUUCAAAAUGCCGAAUAUGACGAAGAGAACAGGGUUUCGACGCCAAAGGCAGAGGGUGGCAUGGACACCGACAUGACUGGCACUGAUGACAAGGACAAGACUGAAGAGGAACAACUCUAUCCUGUUCUCCGACAUGUUGAGGAAGCCGCAUGA